GCACAAAUUGUCUGUAACCCACAUACCGUCGGCUGCCUUUGCCGUUUUCUGUCAUUCACCGUUUAUAACGGUGUCUUGACAGUCUCUCGUUUAUGCAUGCAUAAGAUCCAAGGCUCAAGCUGAAAGUGUAACAUGCAUAGCCACAAACUCAGCUCACAGCCACAUUCUAUCUACGCAAUAUCUAUUCCGUACACUGAUAUCACUGCAACACGACCUCAACCUCUUGGCUUUUAUACAAAACCUGUUCACUUUCGCUGACAUUGUCCUCUCGACUUUUCCAAUCACUAUAUUCGACCUCGUAGAAAUUCUAUAAACUUGAUACGAGCUGCUAAUAUUGCUUCUCUUGCGACGGCUGACUAUUAGCUACUUUGCUGACGACGUCAUCGCAUUCAUUUGUGGUCGGCUUCACUGAUUUACCUCUCAAACACACUUCAAGCCCCGAACCUUCAAAAGAAAAUGAAUCCCUCUGAUGUUCCAGAUGAACCUCCGCCUUCAUACGCCGAGAGCCAGAACCAGCACAAGAAGCUCUCUGCACAACCUCCGCCUGCAGCUGCAACUCCGCAGCCAAAAGUAUCAGCAUCAGCAUCACAGGCUCCUCCUCCAACUGCCGGUCCCAGCCAACCACCAGCUGUUCCACGCCAAUUCCCACCGGCGUUCAAUUUGUACUACCAAGGAUGGCCCAAUAAUUCCUAUACACUCGCUGAACAUCAAAACCACCCUCUCUACCUCUACUCCGCACAUUCCGGCCUGAGUAAUCUACCGCCAAUUCUUUUACACUCUGGUCCAGACCCGUCAUAUUCACCUCUAGCUUCUGCUAGCUUCAUGUUCAUGAGCGCCAGUUUCGAAGUCGAAUUGCCUCCAGUGCCAGGCUCGGGAGCUCCAUUGGCACGCGAAGUAGUUGAACCAGUAGGCUCACAUAGUGGUCUCGGUACAGGCUAUAGCUUUGCUAUCGAAGUCGGACCAGCUGGCAAUGGACCACGGGAGAGAUUUGAGUGGCGGCGCUCACGUGGAGAUGUCAUAGCAAGCUUGGGUGGUCAUUAUUAUGGCUGGAAGCUUGUGCGUAUGAGCCGUGGUGCUCCUGGAGGAGGAAAUAUGGCAUUUGCGCCAGGUGGCUUUAAAGAUAGCCAAGGAAACGAAGUUGUUGCAGCUUGGACGAUGGGCGAUGGAAGAAGUUUGACAAAGGUUGCGCAUUUUCGUUUUAUGGGAACGGGCUUGACAGGACUUCUUGGAGAGAGAUGGGCUAUUAUGGUGGUGAUAACAGGGCUGGCCUUAUUCCACAGAGACCGAAGAUGAUAGCCUUGAUUCGUCUCGCAAAGGCACGGCCUACAUCUCGGUCUUGUUUUAUGUAGCAUUGGGCAAUACUAAUAUUAAUAUGAGCUGUAGGCAUUGCCGCACCCUGCCCGUUUUGAUGAGAUUCUAUUCGAUGUUGUUCGCUGCUCGUGGGGUGUAACUAUACUUUAUGGAGAAUGUGUGUAGAUUCUUUGUGAUCAAUAUGGUGAUAGAACAAAGGAGUAUCACCAAAAGGAGACCCGCUCAGCGUUGUCAUAUAUAUAAUGAGGUCGUUUAAAAUAGAAUAUCUAUGGGUAUCUUAUUUAAAUUUAUCGGCGUUACUGGG